AGCACCAUGGACAGUGCCUUGGACCGGCUGGACGCCGCAGGUUUUUUACAGAUCUGGCAACAUUUCGACCUGGAUGAUCACGGUUACAUCGAAGGAAAGCAGCUGGACGCCUUCCUUCAGCACAUGCUGGAAACACUUGGGAUGAAGAGAGAGGACAUAACUGAGGACAAAAUCCAGAGACUGAGAGAGAGAUCGGUGUCUGCUUAUGACACCGCCGCUGUCGGACGCCUGCAGAUCCAAGAGCUGGCCGCCGUGAUGCUGCCAGAGGAGGAAAACUUCCUGCUUCUGUUCCGCAGAGAGACGCCGCUGGACAACAGCGUGGAGUUCAUGAGGAUCUGGAGAAACUACGACACGGACAGCAGCGGCUGCAUCUCAGCCAUGGAGCUCAAGGGCUUCCUUCAGGACCUGUUCCUCCAACACAGGAAGUCCGUCACUCCUGAAAAACUGGAGGAGUACACUGACACCAUGAUGAAGAUGUUUGACAGAAACAGGGAUGGCCGACUGGACUUAAAUGACCUGGCCAGAAUUUUGGCCCUGGAAGAAAACUUCUUACUGAAGUUUAAGAUGGACGCCUGCAGUCAGGAGGACAGGAAGAGAGACUUUGAGAAGAUAUUUGCUCACUACGAUGUUAGUAAGACAGGUGCACUGGAGGGUCCUGAGGUGGAUGGAUUUGUCAAGGAUAUGAUGGAGCUGGUGAAGCCCAGCAUCAGUGGAACAGACCUGGACAAGCUCAGGAAAGCCCUGAUGGGUCACUGUGACAUCAAUGGAGAUGGGAAGAUCCAGAAGAACGAGCUGGCUCUCUGCCUCGGCCUCAAACUCAGCUAACGGACCCUCACAACAUUCAUACAUGUGGCUUUUUUCCUUCCAUGCCUCCUCCAUCUCUGUUCUCUGCUACCUCCUCUCUUCCAUCCUUCUUUCCUUCCUUCCGCUGCUUAUUUCAUCUUCUCCCCCCCCUCUCUUUUGGACCUGUCACGUUCCAUCUUGUACCUUUUUCUCCCUCCUUUCUUCUCUUGCUUCCCAUGUGACUUCCGCUCCCUCACUGGCUCUCAGUUUGAUGGUAAAAAGACCACGUAUCUACCUAUCUUAUGCCCAUGAGCGCAGUACAUUCCCGCAGUUUUGUAUCUUUUUCUCUAUUAAAAUUCUAGCAGAAGUGAAGAUAUUUAAUAUGGAUCUAUGCCACCAUGGUUUAAACUUAGCUUUGAGUUAUAAAAUGCAAAAAAUAUCUAGCUGGUGUCUCGUGAUGAUGUUUUUUGUUUUUUUUCAUGACUGCAUGGCAUGCUGCUUCUUUGUAAUGCGGUGACUUAGGAAGCUGUGUUUGCAUGACAUUAUUGAAGUCAGUAAAAUGAGUGAUGGUUAAUAAAAUUUAUUUCAUCUUU